UCUACGUGCUGGGGACUCAAAUCGUAAACUUUGCAGUCAGUUCACUUGAACAGCUGUGAGCGAUCGACGUUGGUCGGGAAGCAAUCACAAUCACAAACACACACACACCAGACACACACCCACACUGAUAGAGCGGAGCCAUAUAUGCUGUAUAUGCAAGGCAUAUAUGCAUAAUUACAUACAGCGCAGUACAUGGGGGCUGCAUAGGAAACAAGUACAACAAAAUCACAAAUACACAAAUGUACAAGAAAAUACGUGAAAACGUAAAAUCUUUUGCGUAGUUUAUUCGCUCGCGUCGCGCUCGGUUCUUCACUUACUCCACUCCACUCCAGCAAGUCCAUUUCGAUUCCACUUCCAAUCCAAAACCAACUCGUAUCUCAUCGCUUCGGUUUCGUUGUGCUGCGCUGCUCUGCGUUGCGUUGCGCCGAGAGUUUCGUUUUCGGUGCUUCUUCAGUUCACAGUUCAGUUCGGUUGGGAUUCAGUUGGAUUCGAAUCGAUGUUUAGUGUAGAUUGGCCAGGACACGGAGAGCAAUAAUAAAUAAGUCCCUCAUCGCGCGGCGUGCAGAACCAUCCGAACUAACUAAGUCUAGCCAAGGCUAGAAACGCUGUCUGCGCACCUGUGUGCGUAAACCGUGGCAGCCAAAGAGCUGAGAUACAUAUGUGAAACCAACCGAUCCCGCUUAUUGUCGAGUGAUAACACCGAGAUUGGCGAGAAACAUUCGGAACCAGCUGGAGCUCAAACAUCAAAACAUCAAAACAUUUGUGUUUCAAAAUCAAAACGCAAAGCAAACAAACACAGUCGAAAGCGCGAGUGCAGCAGUAUUAGUAGUGACCACACACAGAUACACACAUGCACACGGGCACACGGGCAUAUCGUUACAUACGUGUGUAACUCUCUGCACAUAAAUGCGAGCCAAUCUAUUUAAUUCAGUUUCAGUGCAUUUAUAAAUUAAUAAAAUUUACCAAGUGCGAGAGUGAGGGAGCGACACGCACACCUAUGCAAGCUCAUUACACGGACGCAGCGAACGUGAGUCUUGGAAUAUUGCAAACAACAAAAGCAACAACAAAACCAAAAGCAACAACAACAAAACAACAAGCGAAACAGCAAAAAAUAAAUAAAUAACGAGGAACCAGUUUCACCUUGAGGAGCAAUACCUAGUGCACACUCACAGGCACAAUCGCACUCACACACACACUCACGCGCAGCGCACAUGUGCAGCAGUGUGCGCCAAAUGAAACAGCCCGAUCUUACUGCGACCACGGACAUAAGCACAUAGUGCACAUAGUGCAUACAGCCCAGAGCAGACACAGUGCCCACCACAUAAUUCCGUGAUAAAGCCCCGGAGAGCCGGAGCACUCCGCCUUAUCGGCAACCCACUGCCACUGGUUCGGCUACUAUGCUCCAGCGGGGAUCGGGACAUCAUCGCUGGGAUAGAGACACAGAGACCAGGACUGGGAUGCAGUUGCAGCAGCGGCCCCAAACGCACUGAAAGAUGAUAGCUAAGCCCAACCAGGCCACCACCGAACCACCAUUGAGCUUGCGCCCCGGAACAGUGCCAACGGUUCCAGCAACCACCCCAGCCAGACCAGCGACCAUCCAGCGAAGGAAUCCAGCCCCGAAAGCGGACUCACCACCCCACACUUUGCCACCGUUCUCGCCAUCGCCUUCGCCAUCGCCAUCGCCUUCGCCAGCGCAAACCCCAGAAGCAAAAAAAACACAAAGCCAGUCAGCUAUUACUCAUCCAGCGGCUGUGGCUUCGCCUUCCGCGCCUGUUGCUGCAGCUGCACCGAAGAGCCCCAAGACCCCGGAACCCCGGAGCACCCACACCCACAGCCACACUUACAGGCCCGACUACAGCCCCAGCUCCAGCACCAGCCAGCUCGACACCCCCCCACCCGAAUCCGAAAUGGACGGCGAAAGAUCUCCGAGCCACAGCGGCCAUGAAAUGACACUGAGCAUGAACGGCAUCGAUUCCAGCCUGGUGUUCGGAUCUGCACGGGUUCCUGUCAACUCCAGCACCCCGUACUCGGAUGCGACUCGAACCAAGAAACAUUCUCCCGGCCAUAUCAAGCGACCCAUGAACGCCUUUAUGGUGUGGAGCCAAAUGGAGCGGCGCAAGAUCUGCGAGCGGACUCCCGACCUGCACAACGCGGAGAUCUCCAAGGAGCUGGGCCGCCGGUGGCAGCUGCUCAGCAAGGACGACAAGCAGCCGUACAUCAUCGAGGCGGAGAAGCUGCGCAAGCUGCACAUGAUCGAGUAUCCGAACUACAAGUACAGGCCCCAGAAGAAGCAGACGCGCUCCCCGGGAUCGCUGAAGCCGAACCAGGACGCGGACGGCUGCGAAGCCAGAACUGACACGCCCAACAACUCACUGACCACCCUUGCAAUUAAUGGAACCACCACUGCCGGCCGGAAAAGCAAAAGAUCUACCUCUACAUGUCAAUCGGGUUCCGCUUCGAAACGAUUGAGGAACGACUCGGGUGAUACCUCCAAGCCUAAGUACGAAGUUAAGUUGGAGUCUGCUGAGCAGCUCAACUCCGCGGAUAUUAUACUACCCUCAGCCGAUAAUUUGUUAAACUACCAAUCGUCUGAUUACUUACCUCUAAGCACGCACAGCAAUGCCGACUGCGACGAGAAGCUGCACUCAGAGCUGAGCUCGGGUCCGCUGGAGCCGCGGGAGAACCUGUCGGAGGUGGUACACCGCUUCCUGCCGCUUUUCCUCGGUGGCAACGAGGACUCGCAGCUGGGGGUCAGCUCCCUGGCGCAGAGCCAACACAACCAGUCGGAUCCCACCGCAGGAUUGAUGGACAACAUCUCCGACAUCAACCCCAUCGACCGCGAGGAGCUCUCCCAGGAGGUGAUGCAGUACCUGCCCUACCUGGAGGUGAAUCCCUCGAGCGACGGGCUCACCCUCAAGGUGGAGUCCAGCCUGUUGGACAACCAGCUCAUCGAGCCCGUGUUCGACUCCGAAGACAACAUUGUGAACGACGCCAAUUUGCACUCGGCCAGCCAUCAAGGACCUCCAUAUGUGCCUGACAGCAACGACUGCUUCGCGGAGGACUGCGGCGGGGACAGCUCCUCGCACCAUGUGGAGUUUGAGGUGGUGCCUCCCCAGACGGUGACCAUGACCAUGACCUGCACGCUGCCCUACGGCGGUCCGGACGGUGGGCACACAUUCCAGGCCGACGACUUCAACACGAUCCCGUCGGCCGCCGAGGACAGCGAGUGCAGCAUUCUGACCACCUCCAAUUCGCCCCAGAUCGGCUUCAACGGGGGCAGCUUCGUGGAGGCGGACGCCAUCGGGAGCACUUGUACAUACGCGCAACAAGUCUACACCGAAAGUGUAAUUGAAACACACAAUGAUCUCAACUACGUCGCACACGAUAACAACGGAGCUCUGCUAGCCUACACAUUUGAGGACGUGCCGCCUCAGCCAACCGGUAGUCAUUUAGAGUUUAACACUAGCAAGUACGAGUUUGCAAGUUAUUAUAAAAUGUGAGAGAUAUUUAAGUUUGUGUAAUUUAUAACUAAUCUAAUUGUACGUUUAUAAUUUUACACCAAAUUAUAUAUAAAAAUAUGUAUAUGUAUGCAGAUAAUACCAUAUAUUCCAUAAAUUCUAUAUACAUACGCGAGAAUAAAAAAUUCUAUAAACGCGAGAAUAAAAUGCUUUGCAUUGAAAAUAUUUACGACGGAGCAGUCUCUCAUUUACUGCGUAGUGGGCUUGCUGGUUCCUGCCAUGCGCCAACCCCCAUUCGAAUGGGGAUUAACCUUGCGGCGAU